CGCGUGCCGGGAGGGGAGGAGGUUCCCCGGCUUCCCGCGGAGGAGGCGCCCCAUCCGCUCCUCCCGUCCGGAUCGAUGUGCUGCCGCUGUUAACCCGUGAGGAGGAGGCGGCGGCGGAGGCGGCGGCCGCGGAAGAUGGUGUUGCUGCUGAGAGUGUGCUUCCUGCUCGUCUCCUGGGCGCCGGGGCUGGGAGGUCAGUAUGGAAAUCCUCUAAAUAAAUACAUUAGACAUUUUGAAGGAUUAUCUUACAAUGUGGAUUCAUUACACCAAAAACACCAGCGUGCCAAAAGAGCAGUCUCCCACGAGGACCAGUUUUUACGUCUAGACUUCCAUGCCCAUGGAAGACACUUCAACUUACGGAUGAAGAGAGACACUUCUCUUUUCAGUGAUGGAUUUAAAGUAGAAACAUCAAAUAAAGUGCUUGACUAUGAUACUUCUCAUAUUUACACUGGACAUAUUUAUGGUGAAGAAGGAAGCUUUAGUCACGGGUCUGUUAUUGAUGGAAGAUUCGAAGGAUUCAUCCAGACUCGCGGUGGCACAUUUUACAUUGAGCCAGUGGAGAGAUACAUUAAAGAUCGAGUGCUACCGUUUCACUCUGUCAUCUACCACGAAGAUGACAUUAACUACCCUCACAGAUACGGCCCCCAGGGCGGCUGCGCAGAUCACUCGGUCUUUGAGAGGAUGAGGAAGUACCAAAUGACGGGUGUGGAGGAAGCAGCUCAGACACCUCAAGAAGAACAUGCUGCUAAUGGACCAGAGCUCCUGAGGAGGAAACGCACAACUUUAGCUGAAAGAAACACCUGCCAGCUCUAUAUUCAGACUGAUCACCUGUUCUUUAAGUAUUAUGGGACGCGAGAAGCCGUGAUUGCCCAGAUAUCCAGUCAUGUUAAAGCGAUUGAUACAAUCUACCAGACUACAGACUUCUCCGGAAUCCGUAACAUCAGUUUCAUGGUGAAACGCAUAAGAAUCAAUACAACUGCUGAUGAAAAGGACCCUACAAACCCUUUCCGUUUCCCAAAUAUUGGUGUGGAGAAGUUUCUGGAAUUGAAUUCCGAGCAGAAUCAUGAUGACUACUGUUUGGCCUAUGUCUUCACAGACCGAGAUUUUGAUGACGGCGUUCUUGGUCUGGCGUGGGUUGGAGCCCCUUCAGGAAGUUCUGGAGGAAUCUGUGAAAAAAGUAAACUGUAUUCAGAUGGAAAGAAGAAGUCCCUGAACACUGGGAUCAUCACUGUGCAGAACUAUGGCUCCCAUGUGCCUCCCAAAGUCUCCCACAUCACCUUUGCCCACGAAGUGGGACAUAACUUUGGAUCUCCACACGAUUCUGGGACUGAGUGCACGCCAGGAGAGUCCAAGAAUUUAGGACAGAAAGAAAAUGGCAACUACAUCAUGUAUGCGAGAGCCACGUCUGGGGACAAGCUCAACAACAACAAGUUCUCACUCUGCAGCAUCCGGAACAUCAGCCAGGUCCUGGAGAAGAAGAGGAACAGCUGCUUUGUGGAGUCCGGCCAGCCCAUCUGCGGGAACGGGAUGGUGGAGCAAGGAGAGGAGUGCGACUGUGGCUACAGCGACCAGUGUAAGGACGAGUGCUGCUUCGAUGCCAACCAGCCUGAGGGGAAGAAGUGCCGCCUGAGGCCUGGGAAGCAGUGCAGCCCCAGUCAAGGUCCCUGCUGCACGGCACAGUGCACGUUCAAGUCCAAGUCUGAGAAGUGCCGGGAUGAUUCUGACUGUGCGAAGGAAGGACUGUGUAAUGGGUACACAGCUCUGUGUCCACCCUCUGAGCCCAAGAUCAACUUUACCGAAUGCAAUAGGCACACACAAGUCUGCAUUAAAGGGCAAUGUGUGGGUUCUAUUUGUGAGAAGCACGACUUGGAAGAGUGUACCUGCGCCAGUUCUGACGGCAAGGACGACAAGGAGCUGUGCCACGUCUGCUGCAUGAAGAAAAUGGACCCGUCGAGCUGCGCCAGCACAGGGUCCGUGCAGUGGGGCAAGUACUUCAGCGGGCGGACCAUCACGCUGCAGCCGGGCUCGCCCUGCAACGACUUCCGAGGCUACUGUGACGUGUUCAUGCGGUGUAGACUGGUGGAUGCUGACGGACCCCUGGCUAGGCUGAAGAAAGCAAUCUUUAGUCCACAGCUCUAUGAAAACAUUGCUGAAUGGAUUGUGGCUCAUUGGUGGGCAGUCUUGCUCAUGGGCAUCGCCCUGAUCAUGCUAAUGGCUGGAUUUAUCAAGAUAUGCAGUGUCCAUACUCCAAGUAGUAAUCCAAAGUUGCCUCCUCCAAAACCACUUCCAGGCACUUUAAAGAGGAGGAGACCGCCACAGCCCAUCCAGCAGCCCCAGCGUCAGAGGCCUCGGGAGAGCUACCAGAUGGGACACAUGAGACGCUAACUGCAGCUAGCUUUUGCCUUGGUUCUUCCUAGUGCCUACAGUGGGAAACUUCACUCCAAAGAGAAACCUGUCAGUUGUCAUCGCCCAGCUACCCUCACCAGUAACAGUUGAAGAGAAAAACGGCAGAUCAGGUCCUCGGACCAGGUGGAAUCACCUCAAAGUUGAAGCCUAAAAAUUCCAAUUUGGGGGGUGGGGUGGCAAAGGAACCCAGUUUUCUUACAGACAGAUAUUUUUAACCUGACGGCACAAAGUCUUAGGAUAUUACCACGUGCCCCUUGUUCCCUGUUCUUCAUUGCUGCAUUUUCUUCACUUGCAGACAAACUUGGCUCUCAAUGAACUUUUAUCACAAAUUGAAAUAUAUUUUUUUCAACUGCCAAUCAAGGCUGGGAGGCUCACCCACCUCAACAUUGGAGACGUCACUUGCCAAUGUACAUACCUUGUUAUAUGCAGAUCUGUAUUUCUUACGUACACUGUACUUCUGUGUGCAAUUGUAAACAGAAAUUGCAAUAUGGAUGUUUCUUUGUAUUAUAAAAAAUUUUCCGCUCUUAAUGAAACAUUACUGUUCAAUUGACAUACUCAGGAUAACAGAGUGGUGGUAUUCAGUGGCCCAGAUUCUGGAAUGAUUGGUACAGGCAGUUUGGAAUGCGAACCAGUUCACCCUGUUCUUCUGAUGGAGUUGGUUCUCCUAGUCACACUGUCCCUGUCUGCGGCUGCCCCAGGCGUGGGGCUGGGUGUCAGGUCAGUGAAGGGUGGGCCAGAGCAGGCGCAGCACCCUGCUGUACGGUCAGCUCCUGGUUUGGACGUCCGGUUUCCACUCGCCUGUCUGACACACUCUAACCGAUGCCCAUUUUGAACUGGUAGGUGAAAUUUCACUCAUCAUUGGUUAGGAAUCAUGUCAGUGAAAUGCUUCUUUUCAUUUGUAGCCUGCUUCCCCCGUGCUUUCCGUGUGUCAGAAGUGUGCUGGUUCUGGUUCGUCACGUACAGAAAGGAAAGGAGAGUCUGGAAAUACCAGGGCAGGCCUCGCGCAUAUCACCACUGAUCAUAGGGAACCACUAGAGAUGGGUCAUGUGCUCAGCUAGUAGUAAAUGGUAGAUAGGUCUCCUGACUCCCCCCCCCCCCCAAACAUUUUAACAACAGUGAAGGUGAGACAGCACAAUGUCCCAUUCCAAACUCAUUUUUUUAAGCAGAUGUAAAUAAUUGGCAUUUUAAAGACAGAAAGCAAAAGCAUCUAAUGUAUUAACAGGCUUGUUGCUAUGCAGAACGUGGAAGGGGCAUUAUGAAACAUUUAAGCUUGUGACAUAUUUAUUGCUUCUGUUUUCCAGCGACAUCACUUAAAUUAGAAGUAAAUGUUGAUGGUCUUCCUGGCUUUGCCUAGGAAGCAAAUUUAUGGAAGACUGAAAGAUUUCUGUGUUUUGGCUCCUUUUUUUUUCCUUUUAUCUUAAGAGUAUAAGGUUUACACAAUCAUUCUCAUAAUGUGAGCAAGCCAGCAAGGCCAAAAACGCUAGAGAAAACAAUGGGAUCUCUUCCUUGUAAACUUGUACAGUGUGUGGUGACUUUUUUCAAAAUACAGCUUUUUGUACAUGAUUUAGAGACAAAUUUUGUACAUGAAACCCCAGAUAGACUAUAAAUAAUUCUCAACAAGCAAGUAGGUAGAUAAUGUAUGAAGUUGCUUUUAAAAUCAUUUAAAUGCCUUUGUUUUUGGACUGGGCAAAGGCCGGGAGCGGGCUUGCAUUUCUACAAUGGUGACUUCUUCUGCAAGAGUUCUUCACAACUUCUUGAGUGUGGUAAACUUUGGAACAUGUAAAUUUUUUGGCUUGUAAUGUUAUCCUGUGGUAGGGUUGAGGCAGGCACAUGCUGCCCUGUUUUAUUUUGAGUCUAAGUUAAAUGUUUCUGAGGAGAUACAUGCACUGAACUCUCACGAGGAUCAAGAUGUAGUAAACACGAAAAGAUCAAGACAAAGGAGAUCUAAUACUACUGUCCGUUUAAUGUCCACUGUGUUUUAUACAGUAUCUUUUUUUGUUCACUUUGGAAAUUUUUACUAAAAAUUGCAAAAAAAUAAAAGUAUUGUGCAAAGAUGUAAGGUUUUUUGAAACUUGAAAUGCAUUAAUAAAUAGACUUGGUGAAACCA